CUGGACUGUGGAUAUAUACAUUCUGUACUAAUGUAUGGAAUACAUGUAUAUUGUUUCGUGACAACAUUUUCAUCCAUAACGCCAAUACCAAUUUCUCAUUUCUGAAAUCUAUGUACAUACAAGUUAGACCACAGUGGACUCUUCAGGAAUGUUCCAUUGUCUACCAGGGAUGAAAAAAUGCAACUACUACCCAGUCCAAUGUAACAGUCUGGUUAGGUCCCUCAUUCUCUGAAGUCUUGUGGAUGAAUACUACCAGUAAAAAAUGGAUGUGAACGACGACAAGCAGACAAGUGAGGAAGACAAAAAAGCAAAUGAAAUUGAUAAAGACUUCGAAGAUAUACAGCUGGAUGUCGAUACAACUUUAGCAAAGUACACCUCAGACCACGACGAUUUACAUUCUAAAGAAAAUGGAGAAGAUAAAACUGUGAUCACGGACCAACCCAUUGAUGCCCUACCCCCGCCGUCAUACGUUAGUGACGUCACAGUUAACAACAUCGAUGCACCUGUGAUACGACAGGGACCACUGAAACCAAAGCCGAAGGACUUUGUAGUGACGUCAUGUUUUGUCAUUCUCUGUUGCAAUUUUAUUUUUGGAUUACUUGGGUAUCACUUUGGAGUCCAAGCAAAUUAUGCCUGGCAACUUGGAGACGAGCCUACUUCCCGGAAGCGAGCAAAGAUAGCGAGGAUAUUCGUCGUUUGUGGCGUCAUAGCUGGCGUAACGACUUAUAUACUAGCCUUUACUCUGUACUUUACUCUGAACAAUGAAGCAGUCAACUAUCAUCAUUCUAAUUCACAGGCAGGAUAAGUAACUUAGGACAGUGUAUUGAUAUUAGAAACAGGCCUGAGAGUUUAGAAAUGUGUAGAUUCAUGAACCCUGGGUUCUUGAGGUGAUCGUUGUUUUGUCCUUUUAUGAAAACGAAAUCUAUUUUUAUACCUUGAGGUGUUUUUCAUACCCAUGUAUUCAUGUUCGCAAAUGCAUUUUAUUGUUUUAAUAUUGAUAUAGUGUACCGAAAUGUAUUAUAUUGGUGACGUUUUAUUUUUGUAGUACAUAAUUAUCGUGUUUCUUAAAUUAUUCAUCUUGUUCGAUCAAACAUUCUUUCGUAUACACGUAGUACAGAAUCAUCAAUAAAAAGAACUACAGUUUUAUAGACAUACAUGUAUUUUGAUAGCGUAUAUUUUGAAACAUUGAUGUCUCGUAUAAAAUAGUUUUUCUAAGUGAAGUACUGAAUCUGUA